AUGGGCUAUUGCAUAGCCUAUGCACCAUCAUUCUUCAUUCCACUUGUAUUUGCCGCCAUAAUGGGACUACCGAUGACGGUGCGUCUUACAGGGUUAUCAACACACUGCACACGGUCGAAUCUCGAGGAAACAAGCACAUGGGGAUGCACCGACAAGUCCAAAUGCAAAUCAGAUACGCUCAUUUUUGACGGCUCAAGUUGGACGACAUUCAUUAUGCAAACAAACCAAACGAAUGAUAGACUUUCCGUGCAGUUUCGAACUCGAGAAGCUGACCAACUUCUUUUAUACACCGUUAUCAAGAAUCUUCCUGAUGCAGAUGAUCCGACCCGAAUUCAAGUAUUCAUGGCUGUCUACCUGUUAAAUGGAAGUCUCACUGUAGCUGUCGAACGCUAUGUACAAAACGACAUUCCCAGCUUCCAGACAAUGAGCAUCAACCGACAGAUGGACUGUAUUUCCAAUUACGGCACGUGUGCCGACAAACAGUGGCACCAAUUCACACAAACACUUGCGAAGAACACGUGCGACCGAAACGAGAAAUAUCUCUGGUUAAUACUUCGAUUUACUGGGACAAACGAAGAAAAAAUCAAAACGAUUAUAUUUGAUUGCAAUUUUGGGGUUUUGCGGGAUAGGUAUUUUGUUCCUAGCCACACAACUCGUCUGAACGGCCGUGUUCCUGUUCUGGCGUAA